AUGGAUUCAUCUAGCUUUUCUAUUUUUAACCAAAAUUCUUCAAAAAUGAAAUUAAUGUGGCAUCAAGGAUAGCCUAAUUAUUAAUAAAUAGAGCACUAAUUAUAACAAUCAUAGAAUGAAAACCCAAUCUUAAUUAAGGAUGAGAUAGAUUAAUUAAUAGAAAGACCUUAAUACAGGUUAGUUAAUUAAUUCUUAGUGGCCAAUAAUUGUUAUAUUAAUUUGAAUAAUCUUCGUUUAAAAUGUAUAACUCAUAAUAAUGUAAGUAUUUCACAUCAUUUUAAGAUUGAAGGUUUAUAACUGUCAGGGAGAAAUGAAUUUUUAUAGUUGUUUGGAGAAAAAAAAGUGAUUUAAAAAUGGAAAACUCAUAUAGCCAAAUACACAAUCCAGAGACAUUUUCAGAAGUGUUACAAGAUACUAAAACUCAUUGGAUAGGGGACUCAUGCAAAAGUGUACAAAAUCUAAAGGAAAUAAGAUUCAAGCAUUUUUGCUGUCAAAAUUUUUACAAAAGAAAAUGUUUAAUAAAAAGAGAAAGGAAGAGUAAUAAAUGAUUAAAUUUUAGGACAGCUUACUUUUGGAGAUAGAAAUUAUGAGAAAACUUCAACAUGAGAAUGUAAUAUAAUUACAUGAAGUUUUUGAAGAUCAUGAAAGAAUUUAUUUAAUUAUAGAUUAUUUGUAAGGAGGAGAUCUUCUGAAAAAGAUAUAAAAUUAAUUGGAGGAUUAUACAGAGCAUAUUGCUUAAAAUCUAAUGUUUAAUCUCUUGAGCUCAUUAAAAUAUCUACAUUAAAAAAAUAUCAUUCACAGAGAUAUUAAACCAGAAAAUUUAAUUUUUAGAACAAAGAGUAAUAUGAUUGAUAUUGUAAUUGCAGAUUUUGGGCUUUCUGAUUUUUACAAUGAACAAGACAUCUACUUAUUUUAAAGAUGUGGUACAGUUGGUUAUGUUGCUCCUGAAAUUUUGAAGGAUCAAGCUUAUAAUCAUAAAGUUGAUAUUUUUUCAGCAGGUGUUAUUUUAUUUAUUUUACUAACUGGGGAAAUGCCAUAUGUUAAAUAUGAAAAUAGUGAAGAAUUAAUAGCAAGUAAUUAUUUUUGUAAAAUUGAUUAUGAUAAACUAAAAAUUAAAAAUGUAAGUGAUUAAGCUUAGAGCUUAGUUAAAUAACUUUUAGAAGAAAAUAUAACAAAUAGAUAUUCUGCUGAAGAAGCUUUAUUACAUGAAUGGUUUACAAACCCAAAAACAGAAACAUUUUGCAAUUUGCCUAUUAAUAUUGUUCCAUCUUUGAUUACUCGUAAAAAUUAAGAUGACAUCAUUAAAAGCAGUACUCCCUUGUGGAACAAUAAUGAAAGUUUUUAGGAUUCACCAUUUUUAUAAAGUAAAAAUUAAAAUGAAGGAUUUUAAAAUGAAACUAGAUACUUCGAAAAUUUAAUGAAAUAGUAGUUUGAAAAUUAUGAAAUUUAAGAUGAUUGCAUUGAAGAAGAUUAAACAUUAUCAAAUAUGGUUCCAAAAUAUCAUUUGUUAGUCAGAUAGAGAAGUUUUGAUUGA